GUCUCUGGAGACUGAUGAACAAGGGGGUGGACGAGUUCCAGGCACGCACAAGCAAGCACACAGCAGCGCUCGUCACACACCAUGGGGGGAAGAUAUAUAAAAAGGGCUCCCAGGGAGAAAGAGCGGCCACUCAAGCAUCCGUCCUGUUCAUUUGAAGGGUGUUCAUGCAAAGGCCCAUGCGUGUCGCAGAGGAGCAACGGACUAUACUUUGACACGUCUUCUUUUUAACAAAUCAAAGGUUUGAGGGGAUGAGGGGAUGUUAGAGAGUAGCCAAAGCCUGAGUUUGAUGUUUCGUUUUUUUUCUUUGGGUCCUUCCAUCUGAGUACUUUCUAUUUCGAGAGGUGAGAGAAAGUUAAACGGGAGAACUGCCUGUGAUUUAGUUUUCAUUUCAUGCAGAAUGGAAGUGGGUAUAGACAACUGGACUUACGUGGAUGAACACUUUGACUUCGAGGACCAUAUUGAUGGUUCCCGUGUCCUCAUGGCAAUUCUUUACCUUGUGGUGUGCAUCGUGGGACUCACUGGGAACUCGCUGGUCAUAGUCGCCAUUUUGAAACUGGACAAAAUGUCAUCGGCCACCACGGUGUACAUCUUCAACCUGGCGCUAGCCGACGGCCUCUUCAUGGUCGGUCUCCCGUUCAUCGCGAGCCAGAACGUUCUGAGCCGCUGGUUGUUUGGCAGCGCGGCGUGUAAAGCGGUCAUGGUGCUGGACGGCAUCAACCAGUUCACCAGCGUCUUCUGUCUGACGGCGAUGAGCAUCGACCGCUACAUGGCGCUUGCCGACCCGCUGAGGUUCGCCUCCUGGAGGACGCCGCGCUGCGCCAAGAUCGUUUCGGCCUUCCUGUGGCUUUUCUCCCUCGUCACCAUCCUCCCCAUGGCGCUUCACUUCUCCGCGGACCGAGGCCUGUGCAUUCCGGAUCUCGUUUCCAACAUGUGGUGGCUGGGCGUCCUGUCUUACACCUUCAUCUUGGGCUUUGCGUUGCCGUUCACCAUCAUGACGGCAUCGUACACGGCUUUGCUGCUCACCCUGAGGUCGCAGCGACUCCAGGCUACCGUGUCCGACCUUGAGAACCACCGGCCGGAGCGUCAGGUCACCAAAAUGGUGGUCGCCGUGGUGGUUGUGUUCGGUAUGUGCUGGCUGCCGUUUUAUACCGUCAACUUUUGCUCCACAUAUCAAAGCAACCUCACUUUUGCCCGGGUGUUUGAGUUCUUGGUCUUGCUGUCGUACUCGUGGAGCUGCGCCAACCCCAUCCUCUACACCUGCUUCUCGGGCACCUUCAGGAGGCACUUCCGGGUCCUCCUGUGCUCAGCCGCUAAGUCUUCUCCCAGCAUGCAAUGCACCACCGAGCGAUAUGACCUAAAUGUCACAGGAGUGCAGGAUGUCACCAUUCUAGCAUAGAGAGACAAUGUCAAAACUAUUUCAUUUCUUGUAUUGCACAAUUGUACACACAUUUGGGAAGAAGUAUACACAUUUAGAUUUGCCUCCAAGAAUGAAGAUGCUCAUUGUUUAUUUUAUUCGCAUGCAGUCUCAUCUGCUCGCGUUUAUUAUGUCAACAGAGAUUUGGGGAUUUUAGGGGUUGUCUCAAGCAGCAAAUUCAUCUGCAGGAUGUAGGUUCAAUUAAUGUUUGUUUUACAUUAGAUUUGAAUUCAUGUACAGCACUUUGUUUCAGCUGCAGUUUUUUUCUUUUUUUUUAAAGCGCUCUAUAAAUAUAGUUGAGGAGUCAUUUAACGAAUAGUUAAAAAAAAAAUACACAAAUCAUGUUCCUAUUUGACUGAGGAAUUUAUAACACUUUAUCUGUAUAAUCCCAUUUUGAGCUCUGUUGGACUCCGGCUCGUUGUAUAAUCUGCUAUAUAAAAAUUCUUCUCAUAAUUCCAUCCACCAGGGGCACCCCACUCUGCUUCGUCUCCUGUUAUACUGCAACUUUUGUUGACAGCUGGUGUGUAAACAGAUGAAUGUGACUCAGUUGCUCAAGGCUAAAGCAGCACAAGGAUAAGAAAGGUGAACUCCAGAUUCUAACUUAUUGUCAGAAUACAUUUAUGCACUUGUAAAUUCGGAACUUGGUCUCAUUGUGACAUUUUGCUUAAAAACACUUUUGUUUAUCUCCCCGCACGUUUUUUAAUUAUAUUUGAGAAAAUUUAACGACAUAUUUUUUACAGAGCAUGCAAUACAGAAGCGUUUUGGUCAUUGUAUGAAUGAAAGAAAAAUGUAUGUGAGUGACAAUCUGUACUAUUUUGAACGAUAAAAUGGAUGUAGGAAUGUUUGCUAUUGUUAUCGGAUGAAAUGUGAGUUUUAUUAAGAUGUAAAUAAAUAUGUGGGAAUUUAUAUUCUCAAUAACUCAUCA